UAUAGUAAAAAAGAGAACCAUCCAGUCUGGCCAUAUAUAUAUAUAUAUAUAUAUUGGGCACACAUUAACAAUCAUUACUACGCAGUUAAAAACACUAAACGUAACAAAGAAAAAAGCUUUAAUUGGAAACAUUUUUUUGUGACAUUGAUCAUGGCAAAGUUAUCAUGUUCGUAUUUCCUUGUACUCAUGCUUGUGUUCUCAGGAUCUUUAAUCGUUGAAAGAGCUGAGGGGAAGCAAUGUCAUUUGACGAUUGACAGAAACUCCAUGUAAUGUUGUCGAAACAAAGAAACUCCAUGUAAUGUUGUCGAUUGCCGUUUAAGCUGCUAUAGUGGCUACAAUGGAGUUGGAAAGUGUUUUGACGAUCGUAAAGUAAAAGGACCUUCUAAUUGUGGUUGUCUCUACAAUUGUUAGGGCGACAGUUUUAUAAAAGCUGUACCUGUCGUCAUAUAAUAAAUAUUCGAUUUCCUUAAUUGAUAUGAAUAAAAACUAGGUCUCCAUUAAGAGACAGAUGUUUGGCCUGCUUUGGUUACUGAAUUAGAGUUAUAUUUCAUAAUCUUAGAUCUUCUUUCAUAAAUCUUUUGAUUUGUUAUCUUAUUCCUUGAAUUAAUAAUAUCUGUAUCGAUAGCCUUGCAAAAGAUGUUCGAGUACGAGAUUAUUC